GGGCGCGCAGCGCGGGUGACUCCCCCGUUAUACGCGGUACGAUCUCCUGUAUCAUUUCUUCCCCUGUCGUCCCACUUCUCCUCUCCCCCGGCCGUCGCCGCCGCCGCCGGCGCUCACUCCUUCCCAGAUUUACAGUAGCGAUUCUGGCACGCGAGCUGUUCGACCUAUUGCAUCGUUGAGCUGGUCAGAAAGAUGGAGGCGGAUCUGAAGACCCAGGCCUCCAUCGCGGUGGGAAUGCUGCGUGGUGUCGCCCUCGCCAACUCGUCUUUCGACUACAUCGCCGAAGCUCUCCGCACAGUCCAUGCUGCCGACAUCAUCAUGACAUCGCAGCCGGAGGAGCAGCCGGACACCGCCGACGAACAGCUCGCCUCCAUCCAAUCCAUCGCCUUUGCAUGUCGUGAGGUAGCGGAGCUGGAGUUGUCAGUGGAAGCAGCAGUCAAGAUCAUCAAUCGCUGGAUCGAGGCAAACCAAAGUGGAAUUGAGCCAAACCAAACCGGGCUGCAGGGGCUGCCGGUGGCUGCAUGGAGGGUCCGUGAGGUGGAGCUUGUCGGGACAGUGGUCCGUGCUCGGCAGAGGCUGGAGCUAGCCGCAGCAUCAUGCUACCGUUCUUGUGUCGUCUUGGAUGUGGCCAGACUUGGUUGGUCCACCUUCCCUUUGCCUGUCCGCAACGCCUGGAUGAGGUAUGGUAGGCAGGCACUCAUCUCCACCAGUGAAUACCUGAAUGACUCCCGCGACAACCUCACAAAGAUGUGCGCCGCUGCUGUUGAAGCACGCGACGCCGCAAAAGUUCUAAUCGACCUCCUGUAGAGUCAGCCAGGGGUUGAAGCCCUUGGUUCAUUGAUGAUCACUAGUGCUGUCCGCGUUUACUCUAGACUCUGAGGCAUUUUUUGCCCUCAAAACAUGUUGUUCAUUUUGCUUGUGAUACCGACUAGACAUAUUCAAGUAGCAUCCGGAUAUGUUUGGGCCUGCUAGUAACUUGCUAAUGAUCUAAGAAGUUGAUUUGGCCUGUGGAUAAGGUUU